AUGAAGUCGAGAACAAGCAUCAAAACCAAGUCUUCCAUGGCAACUUCACUUUUCUUCUCUCUCAUUAUGUUCUCUUUAUCUACCUUUGCUUUUGCAUCUCGUACAGCUUUAUCCAAUGCGCUGGAGAUUCUCUCAAACUCUGGCUAUCUAUCAAUGGCGCUUACCCUUCAAUUUACCUCCAAGACCCUCAAUCUUGAUUCUAAAAUCAUCACCAUUUUCGCUCCAUCCGAUCUUGCUUUCGUUCAAUCAGGUCGGUUGUCUUUUCUCCAGCUCCAAUAUCACAUAUCACCUGCACAACUCUUUCAAGAUACCCUCAAAACUCUUCCUUUUGGCUCAAGAAUCCCCACACUGUUGCCAAAUAACUCACUGAUGGUCACUACUUCAGAUUACAAUGCACCGUUUUCGAUAAAUGGCAUUUCUAUCGAUGAAUCUCCCGUUUAUGAUGAAGGGUUUUUGGUUAUAAAUGGAAUGGAUGCGUUCUUUGAUACUUCAUUUAAUAUUACUACUAGCACUUCUUUUUCAGCACUUGAGCCGAGCCCUCCUCCAACUACUAUGGUUAAUAAUAAUUCCUCUCAGAGUGAACUUAAACACUAUGGUUUUGAUGUUGAUGAGUUUGGCAAGGCAUCUGAUUGGCUAAGGUCAAGAGGCCAUACAACAAUGGCGACAUUUCUUGGCGUUCAAUUGUCAGGGUUUAGAGAUCAUACAAGAUUGACAAUCUUUGCCCCACUUGAUGAAGCAAUCGAAGCAUGUGUGAGAAACAUUACUGACUAUUUGGUAAUUUUUCGGCGACAUGUCGUUCCGAGAUUGCUUACUUGGCAGGAUUUGGUUAGACUUAGUGAUGGGACAAUGUUGCAAACAUUUUCAGGAGGGUUUGUGAUUAAUCUGACUUGGUCUGGUGAUGUCCUUGUGCUCAAUGGUGUUCCAGUUGUAGUCCUUCCAGAUGUUUAUACAAGUAAUUGGCUUGUCCUGCAUGGCCUCAAUCCGUUGCUUAUGCCGCCAGUGAAUCAAAAGAUAAUUGGAGAUUCUUUCUCUGAACUUUUUGCAGAAGAUUACCACAAUCAGCCAGAGUAUAAAUGAUGAUGGAAAACUUUUGACAAAUGAUGUGUAGGUUCUUCUCUGAAGCUAUUCUUCUAUUUUGCCUGCCUUCAUAUUAAACUCAAUGUAUUGUUAAAUGUUAGUUUCAGAGAAUUUAAACUUCUCAGGCUUGUGGUAGUUUCAGAGAAUUUAAACUUCUCA